AUGGACUUGACCGUCUCUAUGAGAGUGGUUCAUCGAGAUGAAAUUCCUUUAAUAAGGAAGAGAUGGUUGUCGCUGGUGCCGUCGUCGCUGAAGAUUGUUACGUUGAUAAGCAGCUGUGGUGAUGAGAUUGGCAUAGCCAUCAGCGCCGAAGAGGCAUCGAAGCUUGCCGCCGAUGUUGGUGUUUCCGGGGGCGAGGAGGUCCGAUUAUACAAUAAAGUGAACACCACAACGUUGUCAAAAGUCAUAAGAUACUGCAGGAGACUUGAUCGUCCUGAGGCUGGCGUGGAUGUUGGCUUGCUGUUCAACAUGCUGCUGGCGGCGCACAAUCCGGAAGUCACAGGCAUGUUAGAAUCAUCUUGUGAGACUGUGGCCCACAUGAUGAAGGGCCAAACUCCAGACCAGAUUCGACGUGCUUUUAAUAUAAACAGUGCCUUCGCUCCUCGAUUCUCGGCACCAUGA